AUGGCGCCUGAGGCCCCUGCGGACACUGCCGGCCCAUCCUCCCCACCACCUCAACUUCCGGAAGGCUGGCUACCUCAAUGGGAAGGUGUCGGGCGGAAAUGGUAUUACGUACAGCGGACGACCGGGAAAUCGCAAUGGGAGAUUCCAACCGAGCCGAUCGUCCUGACCCCAUCAACGACGCCGAUUCCGAUCGGGGCAGGCCCAUCACGGGAGCCAACUUCGCAUCCGACAAGCGGCAACACUCGAGAGGUGGAGUCCACGGACGCAAUGGCAGGCGGGACGUACUCCGCGGCGGACAAUGCGAGAAUUUCCAGCUCCCUUGACUCCCAGUUAUAUGGGCAGUCGGAUAAUCCAACUUACGGGUCUUCCGGGGUACCGGGUUGGUAUUCGAACCAAACGGGUCAACGCUUGCCCGGCGGAUAUGAGCAGCUGGCUGCAAACGCAGCCGGAUAUGGCCCGAAUUCGUUGCAGCAGAGCCAUGCUGGGCAGAUGAAUGGUGUUCAGCCGGCAUUUUAUGGGAGCCGGGGAUACCCAGGUUAUCAGAUCACUGGUCCACACCAUAUGGGCCAAAGUAUCUCAUCAGUGUGGGGUAAUAAUCCAGGUACUUACCAGGGACACCCAGAAGGUUAUAACAUGACACAACAUACACAAUCCUUUCAGGGAUUCUCUGCUGAUCCUGCGGGAUUGCAUGGCCACCAGCCACCAGCAUCGUGGACAACAAGCAGCAACUCACAAGAGCAAAUGGCAAGGUCAAUAGAUGGAGCUCCCGAUUCCCAGCCACAGUGGCAAUUAGAAUCACAACAAGGCCAUUCGAAUGCCUCUGGUGAGGGUGUCCCGAUGAACUUACGCCCAUCCACCAUGCCUAAGCCCUUCUUUGGGUCUUACUCAUCCAACCAGCAUGUGGAACCGUCUUCAGGAGAAUUUGCUCGCCGUGCCUCGAAUGCCUCUCUUGUCCAGGAAGGGCAGCCCUACCAAACUUCCGCGGAGAACUUCUCCAACAAUUUACCGCACUCCAUGGUUGACCAAGGUAGAUUCGGACAAGGCCAGCCGGACCCACGUUUCCAUUCGCAACAUCCCCCCGCAGACCCUGCUCUACAGGGAUUUUCACCGCUGCAACAUGUACAGAGUCAAUAUCAACAGCAGCACAUGAUACGGAAACAGUCAGGAUCACACCAAGCAAAUCUUUCCCAAGGCCAUCAGCAAUAUCACACCCCAAUGGCGCAAGCGAAUUUCAACCAAUACGUUUCGCAGCAUCAGCAUCAAUUUGGUCCUAACGGUGGGCCAACGGUCUUCCCUGAAACAGUGCAUAUUCAUCAAGUUCCUUACCAGCAGUCAAGUCAUUACCUCGAACAUGUCAAAAGUUCACCGGAGGAAACAGGAAGAGGUUCGGAGUCGCACUUCGUUAGUGGGCCGUGGACGUCGACACCGCCUUCUGCUGGACAGUUGUAG